GGUUAUUGUCUUCUACCCUCUAAUUUCUCCCAAUUUCACCUUCUAAUCCCCCAAAUUCAGAAUUGGAACCCUAAUUCCACCCAAUCUCACUCAAUCUCUCACCUUCUCUACUCCCAUAGCUGCUGUCCACACCACCGACGAUAACAUUUUCAAUCUAAAAUAGGUACCGCGCUUCUGCUCCGAUCAAGCUCUCAGGGUUAAAGGAUAAAAAGGAUGAUCUACACAGCAAUUGACACAUUCUACCUCACGGACGAGCAGCUUACGAAUUCACCCUCUAGAAAAGAUGGCAUAGAUGAAACCACUGAGACCACCCUUAGAAUUUAUGGCUGUGAUCUCAUUCAAGAAAGUGGCAUUUUGCUUCGACUACCACAAGCUGUCAUGGCCACUGGGCAGGUUCUAUUUCAUCGUUUCUAUUGUAAGAAGUCAUUUGCGCGGUUCAAUGUCAAGAAAGUUGCUGCGAGCUGUGUGUGGCUGGCUUCAAAACUGGAGGAAAAUCCUAAAAAAGCCAGACAAGUAAUCAUUGUUUUUCAUAGGAUGGAAUGUAGGAGAGAGAACUUGCCCAUGGAAUAUUUAGACUUGUAUUCCAAGAAAUAUGUUGAUUUGAAAAUGGAGUUGAGCAGAACAGAGAGACAUAUUUUGAAAGAAAUGGGAUUCAUUUGCCAUGUUGAGCAUCCUCAUAAGUUUAUUUCAAAUUACCUUGCUACCCUUGAAACACCUCCAGAAUUGACGCAAGAAGCUUGGAAUCUAGCUAAUGAUAGUUUGCGCACUACAUUGUGUGUUCGAUUUAAGAGUGAGGUUGUGGCUUGUGGAGUUAUAUAUGCUGCUGCACGUAGAUUCCAAGUUCCCCUUCCUGAGAACUCACCUUGGUGGAAGGCAUUUGACGCAGACAAGUCUGGAAUUGAUGAAGUCUGCAGGGUUCUGGCACACCUUUAUAGCCUUCCCAAGGCAGAAUAUAUGUCAGUCUGCAAGGACGGGGACUUCACAUUCUCCAACAAACCAUUGGAAUCAAAGUCUCAGCCAACAGCAAAGGAUGUGCCUCAAAGCAGUUCCCCAGCUAAUACUGACACCUCAGAGCCAAAGGGAGCCUCUGGAGAAGCUAAUGUUGAAUCAAUUGGUGGCAAGGAUGGAUUGGCAAAGCUAGCUAUUGAUAAGCUAAAAGAUUCUAAGAAGUCUGAUGAUGAAUCCAAAGGCACUGAGGGAGAGACAAGAAAUGAACCCACGCUGAAGUCCAAGUUUGACCGUAAAUUGGAGACCAGUGGUGACAUACGCAGAGAGAGGGAAAGGGAUAGGGAUAGUAGGGAUAGAGACAGGGAUAGGGACAGGGAGAGGGACAGAAGAAGAUCCAGGGAUCGCGAUCGGGGAAGGGAUUCUGAUAAAGAGCGUGAACGAGAGGAAGGCGAGAGGGACAAACUCAAGGAUCAUGGUCACCGUUCUAGGGAGAGAGCAAAGGAUUCAGGGCAUUCAGAGAAGUCUAAACGCCAUUCAUCACGCGAUCAUGACUACUACAGUUCCUCUUACUCGUCAAGAGAGAAAGAUAGGCAUAGACACCAUUGAGAAGAGCUUUCAGGAUGUGCCGGCAUUAUUAUUGUCUAUGACUCCUUGCAAAGUCAGUCAAUUGAUCAAGCACUACACACAGUCUUUGAUUUAUAAUCAGUAACUACUAACUGUCAGGGAAGAGUUGUUACAUAUGUAUACAAUUAGUAUUGUCUUUUUUGUUUGUUGUAGCAACCAUGAUGUCCAAGCUUGUCUUUCAGAUUUCAAUGAAGACAAUUUUCCUUGACUCCAUCUCUUUUGCUAAGAUAAUAUACAAAGGUUAAAGACAA